UAAGACAAUACUGGUCACACCGUUUGGGUGAUGUGAUGUGUGGUUUGUCUGUCUGUGAUCGAACGAAAUUGUUCCCCGUAUUUGCGGUGUAAAACGUGUGUUUUCUAGAUUAUUUAGUGAGACAAUACAUGCAUUAUGAUUACAUUAUUACCCUGACCUCAAGCUCCGAUAGAAUAGAUUGCAUACUUCGCGAGUUAUUUUGGUAUUCGGUGACAUUUCAGUGAAGUGCCUAAUUUGAUCAUGGAGGCUAUAGCAAAACACGAUUUCACUGCAACUGCUGAUGAUGAGCUGAGCUUCAAGAAGAAUCAAGUCCUCAAAAUUCUAAACAUGGAGGACGAUAUGAAUUGGUAUAGGGCUGAAUUAGACGGGAGAGAAGGACUAAUACCUAGUAACUAUAUUCAAAUGAAGAGUCACAGUUGGUACUACGGAAGAAUCACAAGAGCAGAUGCAGAGAGACUAUUAGCAAACAAACCAGAAGGUGGUUUUCUCAUAAGAAUCAGUGAGUCUAGCCCGGGUGACUUCUCCUUAUCUGUCAAAUGUCCAGACGGCGUGCAGCACUUCAAAGUUCUGAGGGACGCGUCGAGCAAGUUCUUCCUGUGGGUGGUGAAGUUCAACUCGCUGAACGAGCUGGUGGACUACCACCGCACCGCCUCCGUCAGCCGCCUGCAGGACGUGAAGCUCAGGGAUGUAGUGCCCGAGGAGAUGCUGGUGCAAGCGCUGUACGACUUCACGCCGCAGGAGGCGGGCGAGCUGGAGUUCAGGCGCGGUGACGUCAUCACCGUCACCGACCGCUCCGACCAGCACUGGUGGCAGGGCGAGAUAGCGCACCGUCGCGGGCUGUUCCCGGCGUCGUACGUGACGGCCUAUCACUCAUAGUGUCCGCGCGCCCUUGCCUCUCUACCGCUGAACCGUAUUGUGUGCCGCCAGUACGCCCUCCCCCGCGCCCCGGACGCCGACCUCCACGCCGCCACGCCACAAACAAUCAAAGUACUAAAAACUUACUCAAAAAUGUUCAUAACGUAACAAAGAAAACGUUAUAGUUUUCUUUCUUAAUGUCACUUAUUAUUUCUAAAAUUAAAACGGUCAAACGGCCCACCGGGGCCGCGCCCGGACGCAAUUUGUGUAUGUUUAUGAGUAUAUGGUGCUUCAAGUCCUACAGUACGAUUACGUGAACCAUAUAUUUCGUAAUCAAUAAUUAUAAUCGCUAAUAUGUCCUUGUUAGUCGUAAACUGCCUUGAUUUCUGCAAUAAUGAGACGUCGGUAGUACAAAUAUUCGUAGCCGUGACAUUUCACUUACUUUUAGCGACGAAUUUAUAUAAUUUCUCGUUUAUAUAUCGUGACAAUGUGCAGGACGAUGUGUCGGUCCUCGAUUACGUGCCAGAUUGUAAUUUGUAGUUUUUGAAUUAUGUUUAAGUAAUAAAAUGGUAAUAGGGAUCAAAUCAGUUGCUACUGAAAUUCCCCUGCAGUAUAGUUUUUUUUAUCGAUGUGAUUUUUUAAAGUAUGACCAUUAUUUAUCCUUUAUUAGUGUAUAAUGCUCAUUUUUAAAAUAUUUACCAUUUACAUAUAGUUAGGUAAAUAGUUUUAAGUUCGUUUUACAUAUUUGGAUCUUAUUUUUUAUUAUUGGUAUAUAAAUAUAUAUACAUUGAUGCCGCGAUCACGAAAGAUUCAG